GCAACGCACAAACCGUUCUAUGACAGUUUGACCUUCAAGUGCUCAGCGACCUCCAACGAUGGACGUUGCCACUGAGGGGUGGUUGCCGAUGUGUGGUUAGUGGUUUUCGUGUUAGCGCUUUAGAAAAUAAGUGAGACCGCUCAUUCUUUUUUAUCCCGGUAACCCAGUUAGCCUCUCUUCUGACAAGCCUUAAGUAUGUAUGUUGAGUCAUUCAUUUAACACGUUUCCCGAAUAUAAAACAAGUGGUUCGUCGCAUAUAAAUUUGUCAUGUCUCCCGAUGCAUUUCAAAAAGAUGUAGCGCAGUAUGGAGAUUGUGUUAUAAUCGAUUUGGGGAGUUUCAAGAAUCUAACUACAGUGCUUAAGAAGGGCGAUGUGUUACAGACACGUUUUGGAGCAUUGAGACAUGAUGAUUGUGUAGGAAAAAAGUAUGGAUCGAAGAUACAAACAUCGCGUGGAUAUGUGUAUAUAUUAGCGUUAAGUCCAGCUCUAUGGUCAGAAACACUGCCUCAUCGGACUCAAAUAAUUUAUCCAUGUGAUGCAAGUUUAAUUGUUGGGGGCUUAGAUUUGGCUCCUGGGAAAUGGGUGUUCGAAGCGGGGACAGGCAGCGGAUCAUUGACGCAUUUCUUAGCUCAAGCCGUAUUACCCCAUGGUCAUGUUCAUACGUUUGAUUUUCAUAGUGAACGUGUUAAGUUGGCAUCUGAAGAGUUCAAUUCACAUUCACUUGGGGAUGUUGUGAAGGUUGAUAUCCGUGAUGUUUGUAAUGAUUAUUUUCCACCAGUCGGGAGUGAAUUAAAUCCUAAUGGUGUAGAUGCUGUUGUCUUGGAUCUGCCUAGGCCAUGGGUAGUUAUUCCUCAUCUUGGACGUACUCUCCGCCCUGAUUCAAUUGGUCGUGUAUGUUUAUUCUCACCUUGUAUCGAACAAGUUCAGAGAUCCUGUACAGCUUUACUAGAAUCAGGUUUUCAACAUAUAAGCACAGUUGAAUGUCUGGAGAGGGAGUAUGACGUGUCACGAACAACGUUGAACAUUCCAAACAUGGGGCAGCAAACUGCUUCCAUUUGGCUUCAAAGUGGUUUCAGUGAAUAUAUGAGUUCUGUUUCGCAAUUCAACAAACAUCUGCUUCCUCCUCCUAAAACAUCCGAGAUAGAGAAUAUUCAUUGUAAACGCAGUCAUCCAAAUCCAGAGCUAGGUAAAUCGAUCAGUCCUAAACAACUUAAAGGUAUCGAGAGUUCUACAAAAGUUGAAAAUAGCUUUACUUGGGAACCGAUUCUACAACCUAAAAUGCGGGGUCAUACGGGUUACAUAACUUUUGCCACAUGGAUACCGAGCACACAGCCAAAUGUUUCAAGCACAGAGUGUACAGAAUUCAUGCCGUCUAUGGAUGAAUAAGAUUUCUUAAUAUUAGAUUAUGUAAAAAUAAAUAUGUAAUGCUAA